CAUCAUCGGGAGAAAGUUCGCUGGAUUUUGGAAGCUUCGCAUACAAACGCAAAUCCGAUCCAAUCGAUGGUUUCGUUGAGGAGAUUUUUGUUAUCCCCGUUUUUCGGGGUCACGUUGAUCGUCGUUCUCGUCGCUUUCUUCUUCAGAUCUUCCCUCAGGUCUCCACAACACCAAAGACUCUUUUCUGCUGAGGAAUUGGCAUUGUACAAUGGCACUGAUGAAACGUUACCUAUACUCUUAGGGAUUCUUGGAUCUGUGUUUGACGUGACAAAAGGAAAAUCACAUUACGGUAGUGGAGGAGGUUACAACCAUUUUGCUGGAAGAGACGCUUCUCGUGCAUUUGUUUCCGGGAACUUUACAGGUGAUGGACUUACAGAUUCGUUACGUGGGUUAUCUAGCAGUGAGGUGAAGAGCAUUGUCGACUGGCGAGGUUUCUACUCCAGGACAUACACUCCUGUUGGGAAGCUUAUUGGACGGUACUACGAUAGCCAAGGGAAUCCAACUAAACAUCUGAAAGGAGCUGAAGCAAAAGCCUCGAGAGGUGCACAACUCAUGGAGAAACAAAAGACUGAAGAAGACAAGCAAACGAAUUGCAACUCACGAUGGAGUCAAGAUGAAGGUGGAGAGGUUUGGUGUGAUGUUGGUGUGCCGAGAUUGGUACAGAGACCUUUGGAGAUAGCAAUAACUGGUUCGAUGAGCAAACGUUGCGCUUGCUUUGAGGAAGACCAACUUGAUCAGUCUGGUUUGGAGAUCUAUAAAGGCUGUGAACCUCUUGCCAAGACUUGCAAAGUGUGAAUUUUGAUCACGAGACUUUGUCUUAACAAGUUUGCAAUAGCUAGUUUCUUCUUCCGUGAGCCUUUGUAUUCUUGUAUAGUACCACCAUAGAAGUCUUUUUGUAUGGAUGUAUCACGUGUAGUUUAUGUGUAAUUAAGCUAAAUGGCAAACAGUUUUAAUA